AUGCCCGUCUCCGAUGCUCACCAGCCGCGGGUAAUACGUCCUUCUCGGCAGGGCGCGCGGCAGUACAGCGUCGCCACGGCGGUCGCCUCCGGACCGAAGCCCAUGGUCCAUCGACAGCCGCCGUUGCCGGUGCACAGUACGAAACAACUCUUGUCCUUUGUUGACAGCAGGGACGAGGGCAGCGCAGAAGAGCACUUUGAUUUUCACCGCGACCCAUACCGGAGGGGCUACGCCUUGCCCGACGGACCAAACCUGCGCGUGUCCGACAAGAAACACGACGUCGAGUAUCCCUCCCGCGACGAAACCCUCAAAAUCACCAACAAUACCCAGCAGCUGCUUGCGCGUCUCUAUACGGCCAUCGGGCAGAGGAUGCGCCACCCGAAUCGAGUGUCCCUUGACACCAUAUACAAGCUCUACGGCGAGCUGCCAGACCCGCGCAUGCUGCAUUUGACAUGGCAAUGGCGGAACCGCUUAUUGAGAGUGAUGGGAACGCCGAAGAAGCGAGACAUGGAGUCGAUGCUACGAUACUUUGCGCUCGUCGCCGACGUCAAGAACGCGGGCCUCACCUUGCGACGCUCACACUGGAACUUCGCCCUGGCCUUCGCCACUAAAUACGCUGCCCGAACGACGGCACAAGAGAUGGAAUCGGCAUUGCGACUCUGGAGAGAAAUGGAGAAAGAGGCAAACGUGCUGGGUAACGACGUCACGUUCAACGUGCUUUUCGACGUGGCGGCAAAGGCGGGCAACUUUACGCUUGCGGACAUGAUAUACAAGGAAAUGGAGAGCCGGGGCAUUGAGUUCAACCGCUUUCACCACGUCAGCCUUAUCCACUACUUUGGCUUGAAGCUCGACUCCGGGGGGAUACGCGCCGCGUACAAGGAGAUGGUGGAAUCGGGCGAAAUGGUCGACACGGUCGUGCUCAAUUGCGUCAUCUCGGGCCUUUUGCGGUGCGGCGAGGAAGAGGCGGCAGAAGAGACCUACGAGCGGAUGAAGAACGGCCACGCCCUCGCCUCCGACAUGCCGCAGCGCGAUUACAUGAUGAACAAGGUCAUCACGAGGGUCCUCAUGAUGUUCACCAGGGUCGGCAAGCAGCACCCGGAACUCAAGGAGACGCUGCAGACAAACGUGCGGCUCGCCCCAGACCUGCACACGUACAAGCUGCUUGUGCAGCACUACGCCAUCAGAGUGGGCAAUCUCAACAAGGUCGCCCAAUACCUCGACGAGAUGAAGCAUCUCAAAGUCCCGAUACACCCUACCAUCUUCCUCGCACUUUUCAAAGGGUUCUACACGCAUGGCGGCUUCUCCGGCUCCGACUGGAGCGAAAAGAGGCUCGAAGGCGUUCUAUCAGCACUAUACCAGGCACGCGAUGAGCACGCCAAAGGAUUCCGCAUUGACCGUUGGCUCGUCAUCUGGGCUCUGAGGGCCGUCAAGAAGUGUUCUUCGACUGAGGCCGUAGUACGGACGUUUGAUGCCAUGUCGCAGCUGUGGGACAUUCGACCGGACCGCCAGCAGUUUAUGCAUGCCAUUUUUGACAACAUCAUCCAAGGCAAGGACAUGAAGUCCCCGUGGGGCAAGUGGGACGGGACAUCCCAUCGACGAGGAAGACGGGACGGGUCAUGGCUAUGA